AUGGAUCAAUUACGACAAAAAGUUGCCGAUAAGCGGAUUCGGACGGGCGUUCGAUGCGAAUCAUUGAAGGAUAUCGCGUACACGCGUCGAUAUGAUGUGAACGAGGUGGCUUCAGAACGCAAAUUGACGACAUCUCCAGUUGAAGACCUCUACAUCUACGGAGACGAAUGGAGCAGCGACGACGACGACGACGUUGUUUUCUUGAGAGAUUCUCCAUUCAUGGCAAAAUUGCCUUCAGAUCAAAAUGCAUACGACGAUCGUCGUUCUUCGAUGUAUAAAGAACUCGAACAACAACUAAAUCGAACGUUUCCGCUGUCACAAAUGGAAUCCGAAUACGAAUAUGACUCAACCGAUGGUCCGCCAGAAAAUUUUUCACGCUGUCCUGAUACGCUUCCAUUUGCUGAGCUAUCAAUAACCUCACCUGUCACGGAUGAACCUUCUCCUGAAGAAGAGGAUUACGCCCGCCAGUACACAAGUAGAUUGCCAGUGGAUCAACCGCUCUAUCAAAUCUAUAUGUUAGCUGAAAACAACAAAUUGUUCGAUGGAAUGCUGCUGAGAGCAAGGGAUUUGUCAAAACGAACUGGCUCCUUUCCAGAGGAGCAGGGACCGCUGAAUGAUAUGAGUAGUACCUCAGUUGAUUUGUUUCGUCGCGAGUCGUGUACUUCUUCGGAUUCGGGUCGUGGAGCAGAUUGUUCGACCUCUGCGUCAGCGUUAACAUCGACUACAUCGAUGAGAAGAGAACGUCUAAUUGCAUCGUCGCAUUUCGGAAGUCAAAGAAGUCUAUGGUGUGAGCUGGAAGAGGUGAAAGCCGCUGGUCUGUUAGACACACUGGACGACGAGACAAAAAUUCGACAAGAAGCAUAUUUCGAAGUUAUCACAAGUGAGGCUAGCUACUUACGUUCGUUGAACAUUCUCAUCACUCAUUUUAUGGCUAGUCAAGAAUUGAUGGGAUCAAAGAGUUCAUUUUCGGUGAUUACAAACUCUGAACGAAAGCACUUAUUUAGUAAUAUUUUCGCAGUACGAGAUUGCAGUGAACGACUGCUGUCGGAUUUGGAGACAAGACUCGAACAAAAUCUGGUGUUGGACGAUUUGUGCAGUAUUCUCGUUCAUCACUUUGAAACGAACUUCGACGUUUACGUGAAGUACUGCUCCAAUCAGGUGUACCAAGAGCGGACGCUGCGCCGAUUGAAGGCCGAGAACCCUGCUUUUCUUGAAGCCGUUUCUAAAAUGGAAGCUGAUAAACAGUGUCAAGGACUCGAUAUGAGAUCGUUUCUCAUGCUGCCAAUGCAACGGGUGACGAGGUAUCCUUUACUUGUUUAUGCGAUUCUCGAUCGUCUACAGAGAGAAGGAAACGAGUAUGAGGUGACCACACGGGCUCUAAAUGCCGCCAAUAAGGUGGUUGGUGAGUGCAACGAAGGCGCGCGACGAAUGGAACGAACAGAGCAGUUGCUUGACAUCGACAGCCGGCUGGUCUACAAAGAUCCAGGCCUCAAGUAA